UAUAAUUCCAAAAAACCGAAACCAAAUUAUAUCAAACCGAACCGUAAAAAACCAAACCAUACCGAACCUAAAUGUAUAUAACUUUUAUAUGGUUUGAAUUUUCGUAAAACCGAUAAACCGUAAAACCGAAGAAACCGAACCGAAACCAAACCAAAAACCGAAAUGUCCACCCCUUAUAACACUAAUUUUUAUCGCAAAAUAAACUACACACAGUUGAAAAACUAUGUACUCCAUCGUUUAAUAGUUUAUGCUACAUCUUCUUCGUAUAGUCAUGUCAAAUUUACUCUGGAUGACUUCAUAGCCUUACUCAAAAACUGAAAAAAAAAAAUAUAUUAGAUUAACAGUGAAAAUAAUGAUUAUACACCAUUAAACUCAACAUGUUACCAUUUGUUUUAAGCAAGAGACAAAUCCAUCUGAGAUCUAUUCUCUUGAACAAUAACAUCAAGAAAAACAGGAUCAACGGUUACAAAGCUAUCCACGUGCACCUUAAAACUAUGGUCCCACCACAAAACCUUAGCCGCUCCUUCGAUAUCAAGCUUAGCCUCAAGUUUCAUCUCCCUCUUCGCCACGUCAGUAAAGAACCUCCGCGCGUGUUGCGCUAGCUCCAUCCCACCGAGACGCGCCGGUAGCCGAAGAAGCUGACAAGACCUCGCCGGCUGCGAACCAGCCUUGACCUCAGCCGUGCCAAGGACCGUGCCGUCGUAGAGGAUCGACAUCGUGGUGGAGGAGUAAUGGAUGGCUGCGAUGUUAGGAUUGGUGACGUGUACGGUCAGCAUUAAUUCUGCGUCAAGGACAGGGAGGUUGAGUUUCAGUGAGGUAAGGUCUAUGGAGAUAAGGUGGAAAGUUGGAUCUUUUGGCUUGGAGCUCAAGAGAGAAGUUGCUGCUGCUGCUGAUGCUGCUCCGAUUAAGGCUGAGCUCCAGCUCCAUUUUACCUUUUGUCCUAUGGACCCCAUCGAAAAUUACAGUUUGUGUGACCUUUGUGUUUUUGAGAAGAGGUUCUUCAAUUUCGAUUUGCCGACCAGUGCGAAAGUAAUGAGAUACAGAAGAGAUCUGUGUCCAUAUUCGAACAUAGGAAUGGGGCGAUACAACUACAGUCAACCGUCAAGUAGUUCUAGAAGGUUGUGGAGUAACAGAGAACCAGAAUUGAGCUCUACUCCUUUGCGUCGAUCUAUGAGUUUGGGAAUUCCUAACAGAUGCUACUGCGGUUUGCUUACCGUGAUGAGACCAAUGGACAAUGCAGACGAAUAUCUUGGUAGGAUGUUCUUUGGAUGCAAGGAUUAUAAGUUUGGUCUCCCUCAUCUAGUGAAGUGGUGGGAUGAGGCCGUGAUAGAGGAAUUUCAAGAGCUACGAUGAGCCCUGGACAACCAAGGAAACUGUAUUCGUGUCCUCCAAAAUGGUGAUGGACAGGAAGCACAUAAUCGGAUUGAGGCAGAGCUAGCUCAACUAAAAGAGCUAAUUGUAGACAAGAAGCGUUUGAGAUGCCUCGAGCUGAGGAAUGUGAUUGUUCUUUCUGUAGUCUUUGUAGUUUUUAUCAUCUGCCUUUGUGCAAGGUUGAGGAGAUCUUAGUAUAUCAUCGUAUCUUUUGAAAUUCAUCUACACGAAGGUUUCUUAUUUAGACUUCUCUUGUAGACUUCUUUUGUAGACGUCUAAAGAAGUCUGCAAUUCGAAUAAAAGCAAGCGGGAAUACCAAAAUUAUUCAACAUAUUGGGCGGCAACCAGAUAAAUCCAGAAUAAACCGGCGCGAAUCACAAUCGAACCAAAUAAG